GUGGGGGGAGGGGGGAAGGGUGCCUUUCUGCCUGUUGAGUGAGGGGACCUUGGUCCACCCAAGUCGCCAGAUCUGAGGCUAUGGAGACCCAGCAAGUGGGCAGCAGGAGGCAGGUGGCAGCAGAGCAGGUGGAAGCCCAGCAGCUUGAACGGAGAAGGGGCAGCCACUGUGAGGACAAGAAGCAGACACUGUUGGCAUUGCUGAUCUUGGUGCUGUACUUGAGCACAGGGAUAUUGGGAAGCAGCUGGGAGGUGUCAGAAAGGAUCCGAGAAUGUAACUACUACCAGAACCUUGGCGCUUCCCAGGGGCUUGAAUAUCAGACCAAUGAGCCCUCGAAAGAACCGAUAAAGGCCAUCAGGAACGGGUUGAAGGAGAACUUGCAUGUCUUCUUGGAGAAGCUAGAGAAAGAGGUGCGCGAGCUGGAGCAGCUCGUGCGGGACCUGGAACUGUGGCUGGAUGUUCUUCUGGGAGAGUCGCACCUGGAGGAGCACUGCUUCACACUUAAAAGUCACAUGUGAGGGGCAGGUCUGGGGCCUGGGGAGAGCACGAAGGGGAAAGGGGUUGCCAGGGGUUUCUCUAAGCAGGACAGAGCUCUGACUCUUGAAGUUCCAAGCAGGCAAGAAAAUAAAGUAGUUGGGAAAUGAAGUCCGCUGUUGACAUUCAUGAAUACUGACAGAAACAGCCUUGGGGGAACACAAAAGCCCGGCUGAGAUAUCCUCCCUGGCACCAUGACGUGGCCCCCUGGAACCAACACAGGCUUCAGAGCCAGCCAAGGGUUCAGGAUUCUUCUAUUUUCUUGAGACUUUGUGUAAGUGUAAGUUUCCUUAACCUGAGACUGAGUUUCCUCACAUAUAAAAAUCAGGGAAACACACUUUGCCUUAUAGGAAGACAGUAUGUCUAGGGUGUGUUUACAGAGUAUAUCUGGCACAUAGUGGGUAUCAGAUAAACAGCUCUUCCUUUUGCACAUGUCUCUUUCUUCCUCCCUGGAGUGUGGCAGGAGAUACUAGUUCUGGCUGAGUGUGUGGAUAUUAUGGGGCAUUCAACCAUCUGACUGUGCUGGUGGAAGUAUAUGUUCCUGAAAUCUCUAUUUGGUGGUAACUAUCAAAUUUACAAAGGCAUUUUCUCUUUAACCCAACAAUCUGCUUUAAGGAAUUUAUCCCACAGCUACAUUUUCCCACACAUCAAAUUAGGUAUGUGUAAGAUUAUUCACCCCAGCUUUAUUUGCAACAUCAAAAAAAAUGGAAGCAGUGUAAAUGAUACCAGGAGGGCUCGGGUUAUAUAAGUUAUGGUAGAGCAGACAAUGAACAAUCAUGUAGCUACAAAAGACAAUAAGGAAGCUUUCUACUGUGGUGUGAAUAUGGGUGACCCCCAAAAUGCAUAUAUUGGGACCUAAUACCCAAUGUGAUGGUGUUAAGAGGUGGAGCCUUUAGGAGGUGAUUAGGUCAUGAGGAUUCUGCCCUCAUUAGUGAGUCUAAUGCCGUUAUAUUCAUAAUUAAUAGACGCUUGUUCGUGCCAUUAUAUUAAUAAUAGAGUCUUGAGGAGCCCGUUUGCUCCUUCCAUCAUGUGAGGACACAGCUGAAGGUGCCUGUUAUGAGGAACAAGUGCUCACCAGACACUGAAUCUGCUGGUGCCUUGAUCUUGGACUUCCCCGCCUCCAGAACUGUGAAAAAUAAAUGUGUGUUAUUGACAAAUUACCCAUUCUAAGGUAUUUUGUUAUAACCGCCCAAAGGGAUGGGGCACUUUCCUCCUGCUGAGAUGGGAGAGCCUACAAGAUAUGUAGUUAAGUGAAAAAAAUUAAGGUGUAGGCCGGGCACGGUGGCUCAUGCCUGUAAU